AUUGAUCCAGUACCUUUUCCUUACUUCGUCGACGACAGCAACAUCAACACUGCAUUCACCUAUCAUUCAACAUCUAUGCUUAUUGAAUUUUUACAUAUUAGAAGCUUCGCUUUCUUGUAUGUUGGACCAUUGUCACACGAGGUCAUUUCCAAUCACGAUUCCAGCUAUGGCAUUCGUGAUAUCCAUCUCGUUCGAAUGCAGGUGCUAGGAAAAACCAACCACCAAAUGCACCUUUCUCUUCAACAAGCAGUGACUAUCAACCACAUUUUCAGCAGUCAAGUUGCUAUCGACGGGUAUUGUAAGAUACUUCAAAUAACAUUCUCGAUAUUGGCAACUCAAUCCCCAUCAUUGCAACACUGGGUAGUUCUUUCGUGUUGUGAUUGAAUGCAUGUUCAAGGGAAGAUUUAAUUUGAGAUCCUUUCUUAUAUGAUCUUACCGGCGUUUUCCCAUCUUAAUAAGCUUACGGACUACCACAACUACUUUUGAUUCCUUAUGUGAACACUUUUCUUGAUCACUUGCUUACCUGUUAGCUUUUGAUAUUCACAUAGCUGUCAUCCUUGUCAAGUUGUCAUGAUUGAGGUGUAUGAUUUUUUGGUGAUACUAGAAACAUGCAAGUGCAACCCUAGCGGAGUGUUUGAUACUUCGAUGGUGUUCUAGAUGUCCGGAAUAUGAUUUCAAACCCUUCAGCCGCUCAGCUUUCGGACUCGGAGUUAGCCACUUUCAAUGCAUAAUCCAUGCGCGAUGCGAACCGCAUUACAGACGCGUAUACCGUGCGCACAAAUCUGUUUUGCUUAAAGAAUGCGAACUCAGAGCAAUAAGAUCGUCUGAAGUAACACUUUGAAAGGGUUGACAUCUGCCACCUGUCACAUCGCAUCGCAAUGCCCCACUCGCGAUCAGUGCAAACAUCUUUGUUUCGAGUAGCGAUGGUAUCCGAACCCCGAGCGUGCAUCUCAUGAAACGGCCUUUCCGAACUCAAGAUUCCUUACAAUAGCUGAUCUAGGGGCGCCAUUCAAAUUUCUACCAUAUGAGCUGGCCAAUAGAAAGAGUAAAGAAAACUCCCGCAUACAGCUCGCAAGAUUAUAAUCACGUGCCGGAUGUGUUAUGAGUACUUUCGGAUGAGGAAUGCACUUUAAUGCUUCAACUGUUGUGAAUAAAUUAGCUGUAACAAUGAGUUGCGAACGCCUCCUUUUAUUGGAUGUCUGCCAUGGACUCAUGGAUCUUGCUCAAAAUUUACAUCCAUGUAUGUUGACAGCAGAUAAUGUAUAUAAGGACGAUGAAUAACCACCAGAUUUACAACAUCACAUCAUCACAUCAUCGCAUUCAGCUCAUCUCUCAAAAUAAUUGUCCGGCACAAUCUCAACAAUUCACAAUUUUAAAAGACUUCUCAAUCCAUAAUCAUCAGCACAUACAACAACAAAUCUCAAAAUGGCUAUCACUGAACGAGUUAUCUUAUCUGUUAGCGGAGGAGUUGAAGAAUGGAAGGAGGGUCUCAAAUUCAUGCUUCAAACAUUGAAGACUCAAGAUGGUUAUCUUCGCACUCGCUGGGGACCCCACAGCGAAGAUCAACAAAAACUCGAACUUCUCAUUGGUUGGGAAUCUCCUGAAGCGCUCACUAAAUUUCAAACAACCCCCGCUUUCCAAGAAAUGCUAGCCCAAGUAAAACCAAACCUCACCGCCCCCCCAAACCUCAUCAUCAUCGAAUUCAAACCCUACGCCCCCAAAGAAGUAAUCGACGCCCACUUCGUCCAAAUGCUCACCAUCGAACAAGGCGCCGCUUCCGAAGACGAUCUCCGCGCUCAAGUCACCAAGUUCAAGGAUCUAGACGGCUGCACCGGAGUCGCAUCUGGUCUUUCCAAAGACGAUGUUGACGGAAAGGGGAAAGUGUUUGUAGCCGCCAUAGGAUGGGAAAGUUUAGAAGCGAGCCAAAAGGCGAAGGAAAGUAAGGUUGUGGUGCUUAAUGGUGCGGAAAGUCAUCAUGUCAACUUCAGAUUUCCUAUCAAGGGUUUCCGCGGGUUGUAAAAGGGGUAUUGUGGAUGAUUGGGACAAUGAUGAGUAGAGCUUAUCUUGGCACUUAAAAGCUGGUGUAGAUUGGAUUCUGAGUUGACUGCUGGGAAGUCAACUAUUUUGACGCUCCUUUAUUUAUUUCUUAAGGAGUGAGAUAAGAAGCUACCUAGAAUUAUUAUAUGUGCUGGUCACUUCUUAUCUCAUCUUAUCCUACUUCUCUUCCUCGCAUUCUAGUGACCAGUCGUCCAAUUAUAUGACUCGUAUACCCUAU